AUGGCAACCACCCGCUCAACCAAUGGCGGAUCGUACUCGCCGCUUCGCGAGACCAGUCGCAUCUUCGCCGAGCUCUGCAGACAGUCAGACAAGUUGAAUCUACCCGCGGCUGUGCAAACAAAUUGUGAAAACGUCUCCUUUUCAUCAAGCCAUGAUGAGAUAUAUUUCCCGAUCCCGUUCAAAGAGACAGAAACGCUGGCCGCGUUGAAGGGCAUCGAAGGCUCCGUGGCGGCCGCAAUUGCAGAUCUACGGUUCGGACAGAGUCCAACGCCGCGCCGCGUCCACGUCAGCCUCGAAGGCGCAACGGCGUUUGGAUGCCAGGCGUACAUGGCAAAAGUGGAUGGAUUGUCUAAAUUGGAUCCGAUGGUCAAGUCUAAACUCAAGGGUAUAUGUGCUAAUGGGAAUUGGCUUCUAUUAGAUACUGACCUUUUGGCCGCGCAGUCGAAUCAGUAUCGCCGUAUGUCGGCAAAUCUAUACAAGACGAAGAACGUCGGCGAGUAUUAUCAUAUCCACGGCUCCUUGGAGGCCACGACAACUUUGAACAUGAUCGGACUAGAAGGUCGCCGGCCAGACCUAACAGAUUAUGAAGAGAUUAUCAGGGUCAUCGAGGAAAAGGUGCAACAAUUUUCAAUUGAAGAGCUUGAGGCGAUGAAUCGGGAGAAGCGACAAGCUGGAGUACCGGCAUUAAAAUACGAAGACUUCAUCAGGACUCCGCAUGGCAAAGUGAAUGUUCAAGAGCCGGCUUGGAAAGUCACAAGACUGGCAGGAGACCUGCCGCCUACUCCAUUUCCCGCCAUCCAGUCUGGCAGCAAGAGCAUCCUUCGAGGCGUCAAGGUUCUCGAGUUGUGCCGGAUCAUUGCCGGCCCUACUGUCGCCCGGAUCUUAGCCGAGUAUGGAGCCGAUGUCUUGAAGAUCACGAGCCCGAACCUCUCAGACGUGCCAUUCUUUCAAGUCGAUGGCAAUAUGGGAAAGCAUGCAGCCGAUCUUGAUUUGAAGACCGAGGCUGGACGACAGCAGUUCGAAAAGCUGGUGGCUGACGCGGAUGUCAUUGUCGAUGGAUAUCGACCCGGGGCUCUUGAAAAACUGGGGUAUGGACCCCAAGCUAUGGCUUCAAUUGCUGAGAAGCGAGGUAAAGGAAUUGUCUACGUCAAUGAGAACUGUUUUGGAUAUGAAGGCGAGUGGGCGAAUCGAGCUGGAUGGCAACAAAUUGCUGAUUGCGUCACUGGAAUUGCAUGGGCCCAAGGGCAAUUCAUGGGCCUUGACAGCCCCGUGGUCCCUCCAUUCCCUAUUUCCGAUUACGGGACAGGCUGCAUGGGAGCCAUCGCGGCGUUGUCAGGCCUAUAUCAUCGAGCCAUGACCGGAGGAUCCUAUCAUGGAAGGGCCUCUCUCAUGCAUUACGAUCUUCUCCUGUUUGCCAUGGGACAGUACUCCCCAGAAGUACAGGACCAGUUGCGGGCUGUCCAGCCAGCCGAAUUUUUCCAACUGCGCCACUGCGACAGCGUGGACCGCAUCUCGUCAACGGUUUUGAAGGGAAUGCAAGCUCGAUUCCCUCAUUUGUAUGAGCCCGCAGGUACCAGCAGCCUGGAAUCUGGCCAGAAACCGUUGACUGAGAAAUGGUUCUCCAAGGCUUAUAAUGCGGACGUUGAAGUGGUCCGUCCUAUUGUCGCCGUGGAUGGAGUGGACAAUCAAUUUGUGCGCGCGAGUCGUCCGAAUGGUACGGACCGGCCCAGCUGGCAGGACUUUAAGCCGGAUGGAGAAGGUGACAGGAGAAUUUGUUGA